GCGGCGUGGGUGGCCGGCUGGCUAGCGGCGCGUCUCCCCCCGGGGCGCUCCCUCGCUGACUCGCCCCCUCCCCGCGCCAGAAGAUGGCUACUCUGCUGCGGAAGAUCGGCCUGAUCCGCCUCCACAACCGGGACACGGAGGACCCCAAGCACCACCACCACCACCACCGCGGCAGCUUCCAGCAGGGCUCGUCGCUGCGCGGCAGGAGCAACCCCAGGAGCAAGGCGGCCGCGCCGUCGCAGGGCAGCCCCAGCAAAGAGGGCGGCGGCGCCAGCAGCCCGGCCGCGCGCAACAAGCCCAAGAAGGCGCCCGAGCCCGCCAAGGCCAAGCCGCCGCCGCCGCCGCCGCCCCCCGACGGCGCCCGGGAGGCGGGCAGCGGCCGGGAGGCGGGCUCGGGCCGGGAGCCGUCGGGGGGCGGCGGGCGCUCCGGCUCGGGCUCGGCCUUGGCCCCCGCUGCGCUGGUGCCGGCCGGCCGGCAGGCGCACUGCACGCAGGUGCGCACCCGACGGCUGAUGAAGGAGCUGCAGGACAUCGCCCGCCUGAGCGACCGCUUCAUCUCGGUGGAGCUGGUGGACGAGAGCCUCUUCGACUGGAACGUCAAGCUGCACCAGGUGGACAAGGACUCGGUGCUGUGGCAGGACAUGAAGGAGACCAACACGGAGUUCAUCCUCCUCAACCUCACCUUCCCGGACAACUUCCCCUUCGCCCCGCCCUUCAUGCGGGUCCUCAGCCCCCGCCUGGAGAACGGCUACGUCCUGGAUGGCGGCGCCAUCUGCAUGGAGCUGCUCACCCCCCGCGGCUGGUCCAGCGCCUACACUGUCGAGGCCGUCAUGCGCCAGUUCGCCGCCAGCCUCGUCAAGGGCCAGGGCCGCAUCUGCAGAAAAGCUGGGAAGUCAAAAAAGUCCUUCAGCCGUAAAGAAGCCGAAGCAACGUUUAAGAGUUUGGUGAAGACCCACGAAAAAUAUGGGUGGGUCACUCCUCCGGUGUCCGACGGCUGAUGCUGCUUGUGACCUGUCCAUCAGACGCUAAAUGAGACACCAACAAAAAAUGAAGUACUCUGACAUCUCCUCAAUGCGCAUACCACACAUUCAUCCUUUUUCUACUUCAGCUUCUGUUAGAGAUCAUGAAUGUCAUGGAGACGUCCAAAUUAUUUAUGAACGGAUCUGUUUACAGGGGAGGGGGCGGGAGGGAAAUGCUGUAUAAGAUUAUAUUUUGAAACUGGCAAAAACGAUCGGAUUGAUUAUCUUCGAAGUCACUUUAGAGCAGAUGUUGCGAUUGUAUCGCCUGCCCCUUCUCCAUCCAAGCUCCGCUGUCGUCGCCACCGCUUCUUUCUCUGGCCCAGCAGCACCAACCAGCAGUCCCGGAAAUUCCAUCCGCUGUUGCUCCAUCCAUUUGUAUGUUUAAAAAAAUGAAGCUGUUAAUAUUUAAAUAUGGAAGCAAGUGCAUUGCAGAUUCAUGGUUGCUGUGCUGUUUUUAAAAUCUAUGUUUCUGAGCAGGUCAACCUAACUUUGAAGAUGUGUUUCUUUUGUGUGGAGCUGUGGUCUGCCGUGGCUGAAUUUCAGGCCCCAUUUGUGCUCUGUGAUAUGACCGUUGAUUUCCUCAAAAACAAAAUACCAGGAUUCUAGCAAAGACCCAAGCUCUAGUGUUGGAAACGGGAAAAAAGCAUGCGUUGGUCAAAAUUGUGCUAGCUCCGGUGAUAAUGUAGUGUGUGGUUGCACAGUGCAAAAAAGCAUGAUCACGGGGAGGUCAAAAUGGUUUGGGACGCAGAUCCACCUGAUCCAAGAGGACAGCAAGGGGUUGGUGGCCCAGAUAACUUCUAUCUUCCUAGUAGGACAAGGUACUUAAAGAACUCCAUAUUUACCUUUCCACCUCUGCAACAGCCAAACAAAAUAAAAUGAGACUAAAUACAGAAGAACUAAACUUAUGGUACUCAAAUUUUUUAAAAAUGAUGUACCAGUUACAAAAGCUAAGUCAGAUUUUUAAGAACUAAGGCAUUUCUAUGACUAUUUGCAUGCCUUGAUUCUCCCCCCACCCCAACAUAAUAGAGACGUUAUGUCCUUUCAGCCCCAAUGUCAGAGAGAAUCGACUAAUAUAUAAAGGCCCAGCAGGGUCAUUAAUGAGUCAUGUUCCCCCUUCUACUAAAUGAGUUUUGAAGACUUCAUACAGCGUUCCUAAGAACAUGAAGGAUGAGCUUGGAAAUGUGAAACCUAACUGUGUUGGACACAUUCUGAAUAAAA